AGCUAUAUUGCUCGGGCGGCAUUCCACAAUCACCAGAUACAAUUCCGGGAUCAAUUUUAUUUCUUGCUCGAUAAAUAUGUGCCCCGAUGUUCGCCUCUGGAAUUGAUUGAAUCGGCAGGGUGGCCGAGAUAUGACGCUGUGUUUGAAAUUGAUUGGGAGAAUCAUAUCAAUAAGGCCAAUGAUAUCUUACAGGCCAUGCAGACAGUGCAUGAUGGCUUUGUUCAGGCGACCCGAAGGAUUGAUGUUCCUUAUAUGGUUCUGACUGAAGGCAUCGUGUCGUCUGCAGGGGUUAAAUAUAUGCCGACCUUUAUAGCGACCCUGCAGCUCUUUGUCAAAGAUUCAACUGAAUACAAGUCGCACAUCUGUGAAAUGACUUUCCCAGAACUCAAUGCGAGAUGUGUAGUGCUCUCAGAGGUGAUGGGCCUAGAAAACCUAAAAAGCACUGAUAAUACAGAUGGGGUAAAAAUCAAGCACUACCAACUCAAAUCCUUCGCGGUCCUCUUCUCAUCAUUCAAAAAGGUCACCUGGCUAGAUGCUGACUGCAUCCCCAUCCAUUACCCUGCAACCCUUUUAACCACCGACCCAUUCAAAUCCACAGGCCUGGGUGCCCCGGGAGAAGGCGAUAAGGACACAUUCAUACAGGCUGCCGCUGCUGUGGGCAAGAAAUUCUACACAGCCAGCAAGAAAUUUGCAGAUCUGGGUCGCCAGCGCUAUGAAGGGAAUGACCAUGACAUUAUCCAUGUAGUGAUGCUGCAGGCCGAUCCAGGGGUGGACUACAAGCUUACCCAGCAAGGGAAAUGGCAGGUAAAGGAUACAUCUGUGGCCGCUGCCCCUCGGGCAUUCUUCAUCUAUGCGAAUAUAGUCAAAUUUAACCCCGGGGAAAAAAAACUGUUGGAAGAUUGAUGGGCGGAGGAGGAUGUGGACCACUCCACAGACAUCAGUUCAGCGGCUUGGAUAUGAUAUUGAACGGAUGGCUUGGGAGGAGGUCAUGAUAGUGAGCUGUACUUUAGCGGGUGCUUUUGAGACUUGGGAGGCUGGGGAUGGGUUUUGUGAAGAUGUUCAGAGGCAUUGGGAUACUGUUUUUGAAAAUCCGGAUGCCGAUGGGCUUAAUUUUACACAACAUUGAUUUUUUGACGCUUUGUGUAGUUAUAGGUUUGUGCAUACUGAUCCUGGCAUGAUGUGCAAUGCUCUGAAUGCUCGUACUAACUGUUUUCCAGGAGCUUUAAGUAACGAUCAAUUUCAUAUCCCCA